AUGGCAUCAAGAAAUUUCUUUCAACCAACCUCUGCUUUCAAUGGAGGUGUAACUUCCAAUCUAGGCAUUAAAAACAAGAAAGAUUCAAAUGCUGAAAUCAAACCAUGGGUAGAGAAGUAUCGUCCCAAGAAUAUGAGCGAGAUCGCGUCUCAAGAUCAGGCAGUAAAGGUUCUCACAAAGGCUCUCACUUCAGACAAUCUCCCUCACUUGCUCUUCUAUGGACCACCAGGAACAGGAAAGACCUCGACAAUCUUGGCACUUGCGCAACAACUUUAUGGGCCUAAGCUGAUUAAGUCCCGCGUACUUGAAUUGAAUGCCUCUGAUGAGCGUGGUAUUCAGAUCGUUAGAGAGAAAGUAAAGAACUUCUCGCGAACAACCGUAACCCAGACCGUUAGUGAUUUCCCUUGUCCUCCCUAUAAGAUUAUUAUUCUCGAUGAAGCAGAUCUUAUGACCAAAGAUGCCCAGUCCGCCCUGCGUCGUAUUAUGGAGACAUACUCAAAAACCACUCGCUUCUGUAUCAUUUGCAACUAUGUCAGUCGGAUCAUUGAGCCAAUUACAUCCCGAUGCGCUAAAUUUCGGUUCAAGCCAUUGCCAACUGACGAUCUCGUAAACCGCAUUAACAUGAUAUGUGAUAAGGAGAAUGUGCAACUUGGACAAGGAACAAUGAAGGCAUUAAUCAAGGCAUCGAGUGGCGAUCUGAGAAAAGCCAUCACAUUCCUCCAGAGUGGAUCUAAUCUUCAUUCCAAUGAGCCAAUCACACCAGGAACAAUCUAUGAGAUGGCAGGCGUUGUCCCAGAAGAGACUAUGAAGACUCUUUCCGAUGCAUGGGAGUCAAAUGAUCAACAAAAAGUUCUGGAUGCAGUUCAAUACAUCAUUAACAACGGUUUCUCGGCAGAGCAAUUAGUGAUUCAGAUAUCUGAAGAAGUUACGAAGAACGAAAGACUUUCGACCCUUCAAAAGGCCCAAAUCUCUCAAGUGUUAGGAGAAGUGGAUCUUCGACUUAUUCAUGGUGCAGAUGAGCACCUUCAACUUCUUCAUUUAAUGUCACAAGUCACAAGUAUUGUAGCACAAUAG